GACCCUUUAAACCGUACAACGCCAUCUUACUAUGGUUACAGAGGUACUGGAGGUGAUAUUUGUUAAAUGUUAACUUUUUCGUUAGUCUUUAAUGUCACUGUUUGUCUCAAACAGCGCACACAGUCGCUGCCUCGCCGCGACGCCUGGAAGUUUGUGGAGAAACGUAAAGCUUUCCUCGGGGCAGAAGUUGAGGGGAGACGGGAGACUUCCUCCGUGAGCUGCCACGUCUGAACUCCAGCAACACUUCCUGUGGAGGACGUAGCUGUGAAAGGACAGCAGUGGAGGAGAGGGAUACACUUGAAUUAUUUAACGAUUUCCUCCAGAUCUGCCAUGCUGCCGAGGCUUCCUGUCUACAUCCUAAUUUCAAUGCCAGUUCUUCUGGUGCAGGGCAGCACUGCCAAUUCAUCCAAGAAGAGCCCUCCACCCGGCCCGCCCCCUCCUCUGGGUGACCCCAGCUGGGCUCUUGGUCUGCACCUGUACCGGGCCCUCCGCUCUGACUCCAGCUCUGUAAACACCCUCUUCUCCCCUCUGCUUCUGGCCUCCUCACUUGGUGCGUUGGGUGGUGGUUCUGCAGGCACCACCUCCAGCCAGUUCCAAGACCUCCUCAAGACCCCAUCCCCCACUGAGGCCGGAGCCGGUGCUGCGAAGCUCCUGUCCGGGGCGUUGAAGAGCUUCACCGCGGCAAACGGCACCAGCUUUUACCUGCACACAUCCUCUGCCCUGUUUUCCAAGCAAACUCCUCCAGUCAGCCAGGAGUUUGUGAAGGGCAGCCAGGCCAGGUUCAGGCUGCAGCAUCGGCCUCUGGGGAAAGGAGACUCCAAGGCUGACCUGAAGCAGCUCAAUGGCUGGGCAAAGGCUGGGCUUGGUGGUCUAGAGGGAGCUGCUCCAGUGGCUGAAGUCCAGGCCAAGGCUGGAGCUCUGAUACUGGCCAAUGCCGUACGCUUUAAAGGGCUGUGGGAGAGAGAGUUCAGCGAGGAGAGCACAGAUCACCGUACCUUCUUGGGGAAGAAGAAAUACACCAAAGUGAUGAUGAUGUACAGAGCAGGUUUGUACCGUCACCACGAAGACGUGGAAAACAUGGUGCAGGUUCUGGAGACCCCUCUAUGUGAGGGCAAGGCCAGCGUGGUGUUCCUGAUGCCCUUCCACGUCGAGACUCUGGCGAGGUUGGAGAAACUUCUGACCCUUGAGCUGCUCUCCAAGUGGCUGGAGAAGACCAAUAUCACCAGUUUGUCAAUCUCACUGCCCAAGGUGAACAUCACCAGCACACUCAGUCUGAAGGAACAAUUGUCUGCUCUGGGCUUGACGGACGCAUGGGACCAGAAGGCGGCCGAUUUCUCUGGGGUGUCGGACAAGAGCAAGGGGAAACUCCACCUGGGCGGAGUCCUCCAUUGGGCUUCCCUGGAGCUGGCCGCUCAGGCUGGGAAAGGAAGCGCAAAUCUAGAGGAGGAGAACGUAGACAAGCCCAAGCUUUUCUACGCCGAUCACCCCUUCAUCAUCUUUGUCAGAGACAACGUUACCGGAGCCCUGCUGCUGAUGGGAGCUCUGGACCAUGCGGAGGGAGAGGCCCUCCAUGAUGAGCUGUAAUACCCACGAAAACCCCUAUCCCUUUUCCUGUCUUUUUUUUUAUUUAUUUGGCUCUGUUUCUUACACACUCCCUCUCAAAGACUACACACUGCUUUCCAAGUCGAGACAUUGUCAUUCACCGUGGCAACCUAUCAACAUCAGACUACGGCUGGCUGUCACACAUUGACACUGAAUAGUCUCCCGCUGACUGACACUGACACCGCCAUACCUGACACUCGCACAGCCGCACACACAUACCGACACCUACAUGGCACACACAAGAAUACAGUACAAGAAGUUACUAACGGCGACGGAUUCAGCAAAGACACCUGGAGAGACUCCCUUCUUUUAGUCUCUCCCACACAUGUGCACCCACACACGUUCAAGGCCUCACUGAUCAAGUCAACACGAAACAAAAUGACAAGAAAUGCAGUAACAAACACCAACAUGCUGACGAGCAGAAGUGGUUACACUCACUCGACAGCAUGUACAAAGAAGGUUGAAGAAUAGAAGGCUCGCCAUGACACUUGAAUCCUCCCUGUCAGGCAAACACCAGGGCAGGUGUGUGUGUGUGUGUGUGUGUGUGUGUGUGUGUGU